CAAUGCAAAAAGAAAAAAAAAAGAGAUCUAGUUAUUUUAGCCACGCUCUCAAGUCCCAUACAAGCAUUUCUGCUGUGCUUAAUCCCCGCUCUUUUAUUGGAUUACCAAAAGCGGUCAUGAGAGGGAUAAAAUGAAUUCGCACUUAUGAAUUUUUUACUGCGGUGACGAUGUCCAUGGAUUAAUCAAACGAAAUUUUUUGGGUUUGCAGGAGAAUAUGAGAUUCUCUUAUAAGGAGGAACAGAUGAAAAUCAACAAAAAGCUUCUCCACAUUCAUCAGAGCGAUCGCAUCUGGUCUUUGUCCCCUUCCUUUACACGGUUAAUAUUCAUGCAAAAGGAAAAGAAAAACACCCUACUCCACCUGGGCUUAUUGUCUCUCGUCCAAUGGAUCAGUGCAGCCGUCAUCGUCCUCAACAUCAUUGCUCUCAACAUCGCCAGCGAGAACUCCAUCGAAGGAUUGUUCAGUCUCCACAUGGGGCCUCAUGAUUAUCUUCUCAUUGUAUUAGGCACCACAUCCUUGGCAAGCUGUUCGGUAUUGCUGGGACUCUACAUCCGAAAGUUGUAUCAACAGAUGAAAGGACGUUCGCUCAACGUCUCGAAAGCCUUGCUGACUACAGAGAUCGCCGUCAGUGUCAUGCUUAUUGCUUUUUGGGGUUUGGCCACAGCCGUGGUGAUGGCCCAAUUUAACGCGGCAUCGCCUUGUCGAAUCAGCCAAUCAUCGAUAAUUCAAACGCUCGGUUCUGCCUGCGAUUUGAUGGACAGUGCGGUGGUGCUUGCCUUCAUGGCAGUAGGCGGAUGGGGAAUGAUUCUUCUCGUAGCACUGAUUGACUUGACGCGUGAAAUGGCCGAAUCAUCGAUGAUAUCAACUUGUCGUCACUAUAUUCAUCGUUUAUCGCACCACGAUAAACAUUACGCAAAAUAUCCUUCGACCAUCAACAUGCCGUCUUCGUUUUUUUCUAAAAGUUUCUUCACUCGCAAACGCGAUAAAACCCGUCAUCCGUAUCAUGACCUGGAUACUCAAACAAGUUGGUACAGACAUUCAUUGUCUUCAACGACAAUGGUUCCGGUGCCUGCAGACAUGUUGCCCAAGAUUCAAGAAGGCAUGUCCAAGCUUGAUGUCACAUUCUAAGCGUCCUGAAAGAAGGCUAACACCAACUUGUUCCUCAUACAAACGC